UCGGCGGCGCCGUCGUCGUCGUCGUCUGCCGCAACAUCUCGGGAGCCACCGCAGCCGACGAGACGAGACGGGAGCGCGAUGAGAGAUGUCAAGAUGGCGGAGCUCACAGCUGAAGCUCCGUUGGCGAAGACCGAAGACUGGUCCGAUUUCAGCGAUUUCCAGACGUCCGAAGACGUUGAAAAUUCCAACAAGGACGGCACGCUGUCGUCCAAGUCUAGCCCCACGACGUCCGAGUCGCUGACCAACGACAACUCGUUUGUGGACAAUUUCAGCGAGACGUUCUCCAACUCGCUCGAAGACCUGGUGAACACGUUCGAUGACAAGAUCACAAAGUGUUUCUGUGAUUACGAUGAAAACGUCGAGAAGCUCGCGCCGGUCCAAAUUCGCACGCAGGAAGAGAUUUUGAGCGAAUGCCAGACCUGGUGGACCAUCACGGGUAAUUUCGGAAACAUCUUGCCUAUCGAUUGGUCAAAGUCCUACGCCAGGAAACUGCAACUCCCAGCGCUGAAUCUCAAUGAGCGAGCGAAGUCGGAGAGGCUGGACGACCCCGAGGGUUCGGAUGAGGAGGACCUUGCCAAGGACCUUGACCUGCAUGCCCUCAUCCUGUCCAGCCUCCAGCAGGAGCCCAUCUUCACCGCAGAACAGGUCCUCGAAGAGAUUGACGAGAUUAUGCAGGAGAACGUGCCUGCAGAAGAAGUCCCCUCGGCGGACUCGUCCCCCGAGAAGGCAGACGACGACGCCAUCACCAAGAACGCCAUCUCUUCCCUUGUCUACGGAGAAAGGCUGAAGACGCUGUCGGCCCCCGAGCUGACAGAGGUGCUGGUGGAGCUGGAGCGGCUGAUCCGUGAGCACUCAGAGACCCUGAUCCAGGAGCUCGCCCUGAGGGACGAGCUCGAGUUUGAGAAGGAACUCAAGAACAGCUUCAUCUCUCUCCUGCUAAGCGUGCAGAACAAGCGCCGACACUUCCACAUCGACCGGCGCAAGGGGCGCCCUGCCUCGGUUGCCUCGCACAACGGGCCGGAGCCAAAGUACCUCACAACGGUCAUCCCCUACAACGUGGACAAGGGUCCACCUAGUAAUGCCUCCUUACAGAUCCUCAUCAAAAUCCUGCACGCGAUCAACGACGACAGUCCAACGGUACCAACGCUGCUCACGGACUACAUCCUAAAAGUGUUGUGCCCCACGUAAAGAGGCAUUCGGAGCGGACACACCCCUCCGUCACAGACGUCCAGCUUCCACCCUUUCUUAGUCGCCCACUUCGCGACGUGAGAAAGAGCAGAAGAGAAAGUCAUCUUGGCACCUGUUUUCUUUCUCUUUUUUUUUUUUUUCCGCGGAGCUUGUUUUGUUGGAAUUGCUUUCGCUUUCGUUUCGAGGCACCCCCUCCCCAGUCAGUCAGCAAAUGUUUUGUACAAAUUUUUGAUCAGGGAGACUGAGAAUGUGCGUCUCUCGGCAUCUCUUGGUUCCCACGUGUUCACGUCGCCGUCUUUUGUUCCUUCGGGUAGAGGGGAUGGAGGUAUGAAGGUCGAGAUCUUCAACACCUCUUGGAGAGGAACAAAUGGAAGGAAUGACCUUGUCGUUAGAUAAACGUUGCUACGUCUCAAGUAGUAGUCAAACAUCAGCUUGCGAUUUCCAACUCUGUGAGGUAAUGGUGGCCGAGUUGCCAUGGUCUUUGUUCUGCAAAACGUGCUCAAGUGGCAAGGUUUUGCUGUGACUGCGCUUGUUAUCUACGGGCAGCUCUGUGCAAUGCAGUUGCUUGUUGAAGUCUUUGUAGAUUUGCCACACUCCGUUACCUCCCGAGCCGUCAGUAGAGCGAGAUUUAUGUAGGGAAUAGACCAAUUACUGACCUUGCCUCAUUCGUCCGUAAAACCUAACGUUUUUUAGACGUUCAUAGGUUGUGGUCCCAUGAACUCAAGCACACAGAUUUUUAGUUUACUGUCGGCCUAUAUGUAUGCGCACAAACAGAAAAGGCAUUACUGUAUUUCUGAUCCAGAUAUAGUUAUUUAGUUUCUGUCCUUUAGAAUUGUCAGUAUGAACUGUUUGCGAAAAAAAGCCAUUGUAGAGAAAAGCACAUGUUGGGUCACUAGAGUAAUUAUUAACUAGAUUUUAGUGGGGCUACAUUUUAGAUGGUGUUUGCUCUAAGUCCCAGAAAUGCUGAGUGAUUAUCGUUUUGAGAACAAAUUCAAGACCAAAAAAAGGGACAAUGGGAAUUUGACAGAAAAGCACAGUUUUGGCAAAUGUUGGUUUAGCGGGAACACUUGCCGUUUCUUAUAUCUGGCUUCUGUGUCCCUUGUCUCAUCAUAUUUGAGGCCUUGCCAGCCUUGAAGGCACUGGGCAAAUUUGCCAGCGUAGACCCGGAUCUAAAUGCUCUAUCAUGCAACAUGCACCUAAUUGCAUCGGAGGGGAAGCUCACUCAGCGGCCGCUGCUUAUACAAUGAUGGUCUUGUUUAUUAGGUUAUCCUUGUUGCUGGAGUUCACAGAUCUCUUUCAUCUUGAAGCUUGUUUUAAAGCUUGUAUUUUAAGAUGCAUAGACAGCUAUUUUGAGUGUACAGGUUGAGCCGUGGUUGUUCUAUGUUUGCCAGGGUUUUUUGGUUUGCUUGUUUGUUGCUUUGUACGAAGUUUUAGUGACACCUAUUUUUACAUCCAUAAUGGUAUCUGUUCAUUCUCCUGCAGUGAGCCAUUUAUCACUUUUUGAUUUCGUUUUUGCCACAAAUGGGAACUUGGUGUUUGUCUUUAUUUCUGGGUUAGUCUUAACUGCUGGUUUGGCACCAAAGUUCAUUGGGGAAAUUUGUUGGUGGAUUUAGAGUGGUUUUGAAGCGCUUGUUUGUUGGUACCUUGUUUUGCAGGCGGGCGCAUGCUAGCAUUCACCGCUUUAAAGGUGCGAGCACGGUGCACUUUUGGAUCCCCCCAAGCCGACCAGUGAAAUUCCCUAUAGGCCAGUAACUUUGAGUGGAAUGAGGACCGGCGGUAAUCUAUGCACGUGCGAGCGUCGAACCUAGGGUGACCACCUUUCUGAUAGUCAAAUGCGGGACACGCUGACCGGAAGGGGGGGCCAAGGGGGGGGGGGGGGGGGGGGGGCAGUGACAUCACAACUGCGGCAUCUAAGAAGGAUACAUUGGAGAAAAUGUAUGCACCUGCACACUGUAUUGUGGCCAUUAAGCUCAAAUAAGUUUCACUUCCAAUGAAGUAUACAUAAUUUUUUUUUUUUUAAAUUUUAAUGACAAGUAAGUUAUUAAAUGUGUCUAAGUGUAAAACAUCAAAAUUGACUGCAACAGAGGUCAAUGCAUCGAAAGUAAAGAAGAAACAGUAAACCUUGUUUCCGCUAAUUGUUUCCUGGUGAUAUACUUUUACCAACAUACCCUUACUUAAAUUUAGAACCCUAUGUUUUUAUUAAAACUUGGGUUUGAGUGAGUGUGCCCGAACUGAAUUAAAAGGUUAAAAGCGCGAACAAAACGAGGACAAAAAGACACAAAGACAACAGGACAGGUGCUACCUCUUAGUUCACAUCAAACCUUUUGCACUGAUACAGUUUAUUUGAAAGUAACUACAAUAAUUUAUAUUUCAUAUUUUGGCUAGCAAUUUUCUCUUGCACUACUUUUCCACCAGGGGGAGAGGCACAACAGCACAUGCGCGUCUCUCUCCUGCAAGAACGGUGGUCGCUUCCUGCAAUGCUAGGAUAGUAAAUAGCGCACCAUUGCAAUUCACACGAUGGCCAGCAGCCUCCACGCUUCCCCGUGCCCCUUUAUUAGGCAGUGCCAUGAUAUAAAUUGUGAAUUUUACGAUACCGUGAAAUGUGGGACAUUUUGAACAUUUUUGGAAUGUCUUGCGGGACGCGGGACACAAGCCGUCAAUGCGGGACAGUCCCGCGAGUCGCGGGACAGGUGGUCACCCUAGUUGAACCGCUGGUGGAGGCAUUUAAUACUCUGUUUUCUUCCGCACUCUUUGUGCAGUUAACGUAAAUAGCUGAAUAGUGCUGUGCUGCAAAGUUCUACAGAACGAACGCGGGACCAGGAAAUGAAAGGAAAACAAUGAGUUACAUUGAGAUGAGGAGAAACACAAUGUACAUGAAUGGGUGUUGACUAACAACUGUAUUCUUUUCUUUUUUAUCUUUUUCCUUGCAUGAGUUUUCCCAUGCGUGAGUUUGGAAAAAAAAAUGAAAAUCUGUGAAAUAAUGAAAAAUGUCUUCAUAAGGGUGCGUGGACUUUCGAUGUUUGUGGUGUUGUUUCCUGUUCUGAUUUUCAUUCCGUUUUUAUGGUGCAAGAUGGGACCUUGAAGCUGGUGCUGGUGUCCUCCUUCUUAUGCUGUGGUGUGUUUAAGCAAUUCGAUUUCCUUUUCCUUCAGUGCAAUUUCAUUUUCUUUCAUUUCCUGGUCGCGCGUUCGUUCUGUAGAACUUUGCAGGGCAGCACACUCAGCUAUGUACUACAACCAACUAGCCCAAACCCAAGUCCAACCUUUAUUAAUUAAUGUAAAGCUUGCUUACUGUCUCCAGGAGAAGUGAAAAUGAAAUAUACCUCUCACUACUUAUGCUCCAGUUUAGGACCUAUAGGUUGACCAAAGUCUUCGUGUGCCAACUGAGAAUUAUGAAGAAACAUGCGUCUCUUCUGUGCGUGAACCAUGAUCACAAAUAUACCAUUUGUUUUUGUCUUAUUUGUUUGCUUUUCCAGCUUUUCUGUUUGAGAGACCUAUGGCAUGAUCUUUUUUUAAUAAUUUUUAUGCGUUUUUAUAUCAGUUCUUUUAUUUUAAUGUCCCUGCUGUAAAGGUUAUUUCUAACAUUGAAACCAUUUGUCCAAAGUUGAGCGUGAGCUUGCAGAUUAGUGUACAAACUGGCAUUGAUCCCCAAUGCCAACUGUUAAAGUUGGCAGCGUUCAGUUUCUUGGCAAACACAAAUGCAAUGACAUUUAAGGCUGAAAAUACAUGUCCGCCUUAGACGAGUUUCAGUUGCGCUUCCCGAUUUGGGAAAUGCCUUAACUCCAGACAUCCCCUUGGGUCUAAUCAUAGUAUGUGGGUGACAAAUGAAGAAAGCGAAGUGUCGUAAUCAUCAUCAUUAGUGUGCAAAGAGGGAGGUUGUACGACAUCACACACUGGUUCGUUCUGAUUGGUUUGCUGUCAUUGGGACUUGGCUUUCAAUUUGACUAGACGUUUUGGGUGUCAUUUGCAUUGAUAUCGCUUUUUUUAGUUUUGCUGACCCUGAAGCUAAAACAUUAGCUUGAGUGAAAGUUGCUCUUUUACUGGGGUGUGUCAGCUAAACUGAAAUUUUUGCACUAAUGAAGGCAUUUGUAGAAUUCAGAUCAGUUUUGAGUAAUUUAGCUAGCAGUAGUUUUAAAUUCCUGACGUUAAGACCUUCUGGAACUGCUACAAAAAGGCAGGUUUGCUGAAUUUUCAUUUAAAAAAGUUUAGACUAAUUCCGCAAUGAUGAUCCACUACAGUGGCUUGUCAACCAUGCUGGGAAGUAUCAUUGCUUCAUUAACUAAUUUUUGUACUUUGUCUCUCUCAUCACAGUCCUCAGCUCUCAAGUAAAUUUUACAAAUGAAGAGUCAGUUAAUGUCACAGCUCAGCAAUCUACAAUCAGCUGUAACGCGACGUGGGACUGUGCGGGCGUUUUAAGACCCCUCCCACGGCGACAAAAAAAAGAAGUGAGGAAAAGGAGACACGCAACAUAAUAUGGCAGAGAGAUUAUGCGGUAAUGCUCUUGUGUUCCACGGUUUGGACAUGGUGUUGAUUUUCAGCACGCAAAGAUUUCUCCAGGGGGGAUGCAAUAGAUGUCACAGCCCAUAUGCCCAGCAGACAUUCCUUGUUACAUGUCUGUGCGAUGUAAAAGUAAACAGCAUUUUGGCCUUGUGAACCAAUGUGGCUUCUGUCAGAAGCUGACUAAAGCUCCGAGAAGUAUGCUGACUCAUUGCAAAGGAGUGUAUGGCCAAGUCUGGCUCACUCCUUUUCUCGAGAGUAUGGAGGAUUUCGAAGUGCCGAGAGCACUCGCAAAGGGCCGUCUUGAUUGUGCAAUGCUCGUAUCUUUUCUUUAAACUCUCUUCUCUACUGCAUCUGUGAUUGAAAACUACUUCAACCUAAGCUACUUCACAACCCAAUUUUUAGAGAUGUCGUACAUUGUUUUGGCUUCUCCAAGUGUAAUCUUUUCUACUUAAAUGCACUAUUAAAAAAAAGAAAAAAAGAAUAGUUUUGUCGGCAAUUUUAAAGCUCCAAUCACUUGAUCACAUAGUUGGGACUAAACUGAAUAUAUAUAUAUAUAUCUUUCUUGCACUUUGCAUUGGUUUGAUCAUUCGAGGCAUGAUCUCCUGUCCUAAUGUUAGAUAACUCCUUUCAACUUUGUUGAGAAAGCCAUCUGGGCUUCCUCAUUGAUCCAAAUUUUUCUGUUUUCAUGAUCAAUGGCUUCAUUAUUUGGUGAUUUUACUGUUAUCUUUGAUGCUCUUUAGACUCUUUUUAAGCUCUUCUAAGCACAGUUAUCUGAUGGUUGUUUCAUGCUUAGGGGGCACAAAGAUCCCUGGAUAUUUGUAGCAUGGUGUACAUAUUGAUGUUACACGUUUCCUGAACUGCACCCCUCAUGUAUUCAUUGUGCUCCAAGUUGUUGACGCGGGCUGUCGAAUUUGACUUUGUGAAGCACCAAGUUGUUGAUGCAGGCAGUCGAAUUCGACUUUGUGAAACACCGAAUUGUCAGGCCAGGUGUACAUAACUGACCGUUCUAGUUUACGAUGCGGUCUUCUUUCUCUCGGGAUGAUGACUGAAGCGUGAGUUGGAUAUUGUGCUUGCAGCUGUAAAGUCAAAUGCGACGGACUCACUGGAUGUUUAUUUUUCUGUCGCAUGUACACAACUUGGACACAACAUGAUGCGGACUAUAAUCCAAAAGAUUAGUUUGGUAACCCCAAAUAAAAAAUCAGUCCCAGUCUUGAUAAGUAUCAAGAGAAAAUUAAAGAUAAGGAACAACACCUGUGUUAUGCUAAGCCUCCAAUGUAUUCAUAGCUUGUGCUUUCGAUUAGAGCAACCCUUGUUAUGAUGGUGGCUGAGCUGCCACAUCCAGAAUGUCGUAAUGCGAGUCAUGCACAGAUGGAGUUUGGUUUCUGAGUGUGCUUGGAAGGAUGUCUGAUGGCUUUGACUUAUGACUGCAUGCACCUUGUAGUUUUCUCGUCUUUACGUAAUGCCGUGUAUUUAGCCUCUAUGUAACGUCCGCACGAAAAGGAAGAACACGACGUCGGUGUACUGAAAUGUACCCAAGGCAGCAUAGAAACCAAAUACUAUACAUAAAUGCAUGUUUGCAGGGAUUUACCUCUGUACCAUGUAUUAGUCUCAGUGUACCCUCCCUCUUACUCAUGUACUACUGUCUUUCUAUAGUCGGUGUUCCGCUCCCUGCAAAACAUUAUUUAUUGCCUCUGCUUCUGUGACUUGAGCCCUUCACUAUGUAUGUACAGCAUGUCUUGGCAAAGUCAACAACAAAGAAGAAAAGAAACUUGUCUUAGGCUUCGUUGGAGAAACACUUGUGAGUGUUUGCCCAUCCUAUGGUCACAAUUGUAAUUAUAUAGGAGUUCCAGCGUGCGCCGCAGAGGAAUGGCUUUGGAGCUUGCCGCUUUGUUCCGCUGCGGACAAUGUCGGAGGUAUAGAUACUUUGUGUGCAUACGUGGCUUCGCAAGGGAUUGCCCGGUCUGCGAGAGACACUUACCCUGUCCACCAUGUUGGUUUCUGUUACCUCGACUAGUUUACUAGUACAAACGCAAAACAAAAGAAUUGUAGUUUGUAGUGUGCCCGUGGUGCGUGAUGAUCAAAACGGCCUGGAAAUAAAACCCAAAGGAAAGAAG